CUAGAUUAUAGAUAGAGACAACCGCACUUCAAAGCGUCAAAAAAGAUUCUGCAAAAGAAAGAAAAAAAACAGAGAGCGGAGAAAAUGGCGAAAGACAGGAAGAUCGGAGUUGCCAUGGAUUUCUCGAAGAGCAGCGAAGCCGCACUGAAAUGGGCCGUGGACAACCUGGCUGACAAAGGCGACACUUUCUUCAUCGUCCACAUCAAACCCCAUCUUCCUCACGAAUCUCGCAAUGACCUCUGGUCUCAAUCUGGCCCUCCUUUGAUUCCUUUGUCUGAGUUUCGUGAGCCCGAGGUGAUGAAGAAGUACGAUGUCCAGACUAACAUUGAAGUUCUUGAUCUUCUUGAUACGGCAUCUAGGCAGAAAGAGAUAAACGUGGUUAUAAAGUUGUACCUGGGAGAUGCAAGGGAGAAGCUGAUUGAAUCAAUUGAUGAUCUGAAGUUGGAUUCUUUGGUCAUGGGCAGCAGAGGGCUUAGCACCCUGCAGAGGAUCAUAAUGGGGAGUGUGACGAGCUAUGUAUUGUCGGAUGCAACCUGCCCGGUGACGGUUGUCAAGCAUCCAGAUUUUCACAAGAAGUGAUCAUGGUGUCCAAAGAUGAACAAGAUGGGAGCUUUUUUAUAUCACUAUCUUACUUAUACUUAUUUGUGUGUGCUGUCUAUCUAAAACUAAAUGUGCUCCCAUCCUCCCAAAAAAAAAUAAAGUGGUACUGGGAAUGAUGUAAAAUAAAGCUAAGAGUAAACCAAAAUGGUGUAUCCUAUUUGUACACCAAAGCAACACAAAUAUUAUGUCUGUGAUCCGAUUCACAGACACAUAAUGUCUGUGUUGAUCUGGCAUACAAAUGGGGUACACUAUUUUUUGGUGUACCCCUAGCAUGCCCCGAUGAUGUAAAGGAGAUUGAUUGUGUUUGGUAUCCCCUGCCCUAACCAUACAUAACUCUUCCACUGCAAUGUUUACUUAUGGAUACUUUAGAAAGCUUGUAGACUCAGUUUCUUGUAUUCUUGGCAUCAACAUUUCGUCU